AUGAUGCACCGGCUGUACUCGAAAAACCUCACGGAAGAGAACAUCGAUGAGGUGAUCCAAUCGGAGAAAGCGAUCAACGCAAAACUGACUAGCGAAAAUGAAAAGAUAAAAGAAAAAAACGGGAAGAUACAACACCGGCUGUUGAGUUUCAUACAGGACAAUAACUUUAUCUUUGAAAGUAACUCAACGGAGGAUGUGCAGAAAUACAACAGCGUUCUGCUCUCCCUCAUUGACUAUAUGAAUCGCCUAAAAAUGGUAGACUGCCACAUGCGCAAGGAGACGGACGGGCUCCUGGAGGAGUUCUUCCGCUGCAUUAGGGAGGCCAUCGUAAAGCAGAGUCACUUGUGCUACCUCAUCAGGGAAGACAUGCACCAACUCAAAGUGAGUGGAAAGGAGGAAACAUUCCGCAAACACGUGCUAGCGCUGAGGAAGCUGUACGAGCACAACAGCGUGCUGCGGGCGCAGGUCUCCCUCUUCAACUCAUUCAAGCUGAAGGACGAAAAUUUAAUUCACGCGGACUUCGAGCAGCUGCAGCAGAGGCACAAAAACUUGAGGACCAAGGGGAGCUGCCUGGAGAAGAAAAUAGAAAACCUCCACCAGAAGAUACGCAGGUCGACGGAGAAGAAGCUGCACUACGACGAAAAGAAUCGGUACCUGGAAAAGACGCUGGAAGAGAAGCAGGCGGUGAUGGAAGAACUGCAGAGAGACACAUGCAACAAGAAGAAGCUUGUGAAUGAACUGAAGAGGAAAAAAGACGAGUCGGUUAAGAAGUACGGCGAAGUGGAAAGGAGCGUCAUUACCAGAAAUGUAUUGGAGGAGUUUCACGAGAAGAAGAUGCAUUUGGAGAGACUGAAGGAGAAGCUCGAAGAGGUGAAGGAAAGGUAUGAGCGAUUGCAGGAUUGCGAGGCGGAAUAA